AUGGGAAACCGUGCAAAUUCCGAGAGGGACUCACCCCCGCCUUAUUCCCCAUAUGUUGACCCUCAACUGGCCGCCGAGUCGGCCAAGGUCCACUAUGACGGCCGCAUUGAUGUCAAUCUUGAGUCAAAGCUCGCCAAGCAAAUCGCUCGCAUCGCCAACGAGCAGCCAGAAAACCACCCCUCGGCGCCCGAUUACAGCGCUCAAACCUCAGAGGGAAUCUACUGUGAUGUAAAGCUAAACAUAGUGAUCCAGAUUGUGGGCAGUCGCGGCGAUGUGCAACCCUUUAUCGCGCUGGGUAACGCCCUUCAAAGCCACGGCCACCGUGUUCGCAUCGCCACGCACGGAGUCUUCGAGAAAUUCGUCAAAGACUCGUACCUAGAAUUCUUCCCUAUCGGCGGUGAUCCGGCCAAGCUCAUGGCCUACAUGGUCAAGAACCCAGGUUUAAUUCCACAGAUUGAAACCUUACGUGAUGGGGAGAUCAAACAAAAGCAGAUCAUGGUAGCGGAGAUGCUGGAUGGAUGCUGGAAGUCAUGCAUCGAAGAUGAUCCUGACACCAAGGAGCCCUUUGUGGCAGAUGCAAUCAUAGCGAAUCCGCCUAGUUUUGCACAUGUUCACUGUGCGCAGGCGCUGGGUAUUCCCGUUCAUCUGAUGUUUACCAUGCCGUGGAGUAGUACCAAAGCAUUUCCCCAUCCAUUGGCCAAUAUGAAUUCUACCGAUAUGAACCCCAGGACCGCGAAUUGGGUUACAUACGGUGUGGUGGAAUGGCUGACCUGGCAGGGGUUGGGAGACGUGAUUAAUCGUUUCCGACGUUCCAUUGAUCUUGCAUCUGUACCUGCAACCGAAGGGCCGUGUCUAGCUGAAGCGUUGGAGAUCCCUUUCACCUACUGUUGGUCUCCUGCGCUGGUUCCAAAGCCCCAAGACUGGCCAUCUUACAUCGACGUGUGUGGAUUCUUCUUCGGAGAACCCUCUUCAUAUACUCCACCUUCAGAUUUGGCGGAAUUUCUGCAAGCCGGACCACCGCCUGUUUACAUCGGCUUUGGUAGCAUUGUUGUCGAUAAUCCUGAGAAACUGAUAGAGACGGUGCUGGCAGCAGUAUCAAAAGCAGGAGUACGGGCAAUUGUUUCAAAAGGCUGGAGCGAACUAGCCGGCACAUCUGAUGAAAACAUCUUCUACAUCGGCGACUGUCCGCACGACUGGCUCUUCCAGCACGUCUCCGCCGUGGUGCACCAUGGCGGAGCUGGAACUACAGCCUGCGGUCUCCGGAAUGGACGACCAACGACCAUUGUACCGUUCUUCGGCGAGUACGUCGAUCCUUCUACUUCAAUUCCCUCCCAAAAUCCUGAUCAAGCUCGUUCUAGUCAACCAUUCUGGGGCAACAUGGUAGCCCGAGCCGGUGCAGGACCUUCCCCGAUUCCCCACGCCGAAUUAGACCCCGACAUCCUCGCCUCCGCAAUCCAGUUCUGCCUCACCCAAGACGCAGCGGAAGCCGCCCGCGAAAUCGCGCUCAAGAUGCAAGUCGAGUCCGGCGUAUCAGCCGCCGUAGACUCAUUUCACCGCAACCUCCCCCUUGACCGCAUGCGAUGUAGCAUUAUGCCCGACCAGGCAGCAGUAUGGACAUACGGCAUCGGGAAACAGCGUCUCAUCCUCUCAAAAACAGCAGUCAACAUUCUCAUCGAGCACAACAAGAUAGAUGCCCGGAAUAUCAAAUGGUACGGCACCCCCCCCUCUAUCGACAACAUAUCCUAUGCACAUUCCCUAAUAUCCUUGAAAUACAGCUACCCCAUAAACCCAAUCAUAAUUGAAAACCGCCGCUGGGAUCCUCUCACAGGCGUCCUCUCUGCGGCUGGCGCAACAGGAACAGAAAUGGCCAAAUCGACCGGCGAAAUGCUCUACAACCCAUACAAAGAAUACAAACGUGCGCGUCUUGAAAGCGCCUCCAACAAAGCACGCACCGGUGAAUCCCAAAAUCCGUUCGACACUGGCGGACGAAUGAUCGGUGGCACAUUAACCGGCGUAGGGAAAUUCUACGGGAAUUACCUCAAGGGCGUUGUGAUUGAUAUCCCGCAUGCGGCGGCCGAGGGGUUCAGAAGAGCGCCGCAGUUGUAUGGAGAGAAGCCGAAGGAAUAUGGGACUGUGCACGAUUGGAGGUCCGGAGUCAAGGUCGGUGGGAAGAAUUUCGUGGGUGGGAUGGCUGGCGGUGUUGCGGGGUUCUUUACGUCGCCGGUGAAGGGGUUCAUGGAGGAGGGAGCGGAGGGGGCUGUAAAGGGAUUUGCUAGGGGGACAUUGGGGUUGGCGACGAAGAUGCCUUCUGCUGCUAUUGGGUUAACGGCGUAUCCAUUCCAUGGAAUUUCGAAGAGUAUUGAGGCUGCGUUUAGGACGAAGACGCCGAAGGAUAUUGUGAGUGCGAGACUAAGGGAUGGGUAUGCUCAUGCAAGUAGGUUGCAAUUGUCGCAAGAUGAGGAGCUAGAGGUGUGUCAGGUGUUUGAUGCGUUGAUGUCGACGUUGAACGCAUAG